AGGACAAGAGACAUUUCCUGUUUGUAGCCUCUGAUGUGCUCGUGGGGACGACAGCGCUUCUGAUCAGAGACUGUUCACAAAGUUAUAGAGCAUCAAUGCAGUGAUAGUGUGACGUUGUACACGUUAAAAUCAUGAAUGUUCUCAAUCGCUCUAAGAAACUGGUAUCUUCGGUGUUCAGAAGGAGCGUUUUAAUGGAGCAAACAAUUGUCUUUAAAGGCGUCUGUUCUUUCCCAAAAGCUCGUUGUCUCAAUCUGCGUUUGACCGCAGGUGUUUCCUCUUGUCAGCACAGGUGUCGUGACACGGUGUCCACCCGUCACUUAGAAACACAGAGAUGGUAUUCAGGGGUGCGAGGUGAAAACAGUCUUUCAGAGUGGAGCGCUGGCAUGUUCCAGGAGGCGGAGAUCGACAGUGACAACAGUCAAAGAACCCCUGAGACUUUCACUCUUGACGUGUUGGUAUCUCUAAUGCGUCAGGAAAAUGCAGUGGACAUCUGUGUGAUUAAAGUACCAGCGCAGAUCAAAUAUGCAGAGUACUUCAUCGUUGUCAGCGGUGUAUCAACAAGACACCUCCGUGCAAUGGCACUUUAUGCCAUCAAAGUGUACAAGUUUCUGAAGAAAACUGGAGCUUCGAAUGUCAAGAUUGAAGGGAAAGAUUCUGAGGACUGGAUGUGUAUUGACUUUGGGAAUAUGGUUGUUCACUUCAUGCUACCAGAGACCAGAGAAGUGUACGAACUGGAGAAACUCUGGACUCUCCGCACGUAUGAUGAGCAGCUGAAGAGCAUGCCCAUUGAGACGCUACCAGAAGACUUCAUAUAUGAUCUUGAAGUCACAAAGUGACAAAUCAUAAAAGCUGUGUGCACAUUUAUUACUUCUUUGUGACUUUGGAUGCAUCCUCCCCUAUCCGAGUGAGUAGAAAUAAAAGGUGCUUUUUUGUCAAUUCAAAUAUCAAACAUAUUUUUGUGAUUUGAAUUGAUUGAACAGCAAUACUGUAUGAAUCACUUCCCCAUCAUAUUUAUUAUUCAUGUACCCUUUUCUUUUCACAUUAUUUAACCAUUAAAGAGCACCAGGUGGUAUUUGUAUAAUAACAGUGUUUAUGUUUGACUGAUUUUUGACAUUGGUGGUUAAAAAUAAAUCAUUUUAAAACCCUUCCA